AACACUCUCGCGAGAGCACCUCUCCUUCCUAACGUAUCGAAGGGUAUCAUUUUAGACGAUACCAGUAGGACUAGAGCUACAGAGCCUAUAUCCUUUGCAGAGACCAGCGAGGAUUCUGUCGAUUAGAUCACAUAACACUGUGAAAUAGCGAGAAACAACGAUGUCGGACACAAUCGUCGGAAAGAAAGAAAGGACGGAAACUAUCAAGGGAAACCUAAGAUGGGCCGCCCUUUUCCUUGGAGAGCUUCGUGAUGGCCUUACAAUGGUGUGUUCUGUGUUAGAGUCUUUGGAAUCGCAGGGCUUCUUUCGUGCAAUCGCCAUUUGUCUCUCAUGAUGUUUUGACUGUAUUCUUGUUUGAUGGUAUGUUGCUUGUUGAUCUUACWUUCUACCGCCAUGGAACGAUUAUCCGAUUCGUUUGAUGGUCCCUCGAUUCGAAUUAACACUAUACAUGCAAAAAUGACUUUGUCGACUAYGGCGUCGACAUAAAUACCAACAUGACGGAAACAAUAGAUCAACAUGCAAAGUGCUUUUUUGAUCGUAGCCAAGGGAUAUUCGGAGAAACAGGUCGGAAUCUUGUUUUUUGUUUUCGGAAUGUCGCAAUUUUUGUUCCAGGCACCCGCCGGAUACCUUUAUGAUUAUACCGAGCAGAAAUUGCUCUGGCUCUCGGCGGCCGGCGUUUUGACYACCAUGUUGACUGUGUUUACUGCUAUGUUUGCGAGYGACAACAACUUUAUCCUCAUGGUUCUCGUAAAAUUUGUUCAGGGAGGAGUGACCUCUUUCAUCCCACCCGGUUUGAACAGUAUCACACAGGGAAUCGUGGGAUCGRUUGGAAUGACGCAACAGGUMUCGGUCAACGAGAUGAUGAAUCACUUGGGAACGGCUAUCUUGGUACUCCUCGGCUCCAUCGUGGCCUACUUAUUGUAUCCCAACAUCGGACUUCUUUUCGUGGUCAGCCCGAUUGCGUGCGUUUUGUUCGUUUUCUUUUUGAACAAGAUCAAGCCCGGAGAUAUCGAUCACGAUGCUGCGCGUGGCCUCAAGAAGGAAGCCGGUGGAGACAGCGACAAGAAGGACACGCCAUACGUUCCACCGGGCGCCGAGGAAAGCAUUGGUGGCGCUUCUUCAGCAACCGGAUCGGCGAAGAAUGUCAAACAUAACCCUAGCUUCAAUUUUGGUUUCGCGAAUCCCGAGGAGGGGACUAAUGGGGAAUCACAGGCAGACACUCCCCUUCAAGUUCUACGAGACCCUAUUCUUUUGCUUUUCAUCGCCGUUUGUUUCCUCUUCCAUACGUCGAACGGAACCGUCCUCCCAUUGGUCAUGCAAACGUUGGCAAUCGGCAAUGGUGAYCUAGGUAUCUUGAUGAGCGGUUUGUGCAUCACUAUCGCACAAGUUGUAAUGGUGUUUGCUGCCAAGAUUUGCGGUACCUAUUCCGGAAAGUACGGCCGAAAGUGGCUGUUUUUGAUCGGCCUCGGAAUUGUUCCGAUCAGGUGCGCCAUUUUGGCCGGCCUCUUGACGCUCAAAGGCGACGGCGAAGCCACUUUCUUAUGGCAAACUAUCACUUUGUCGACACAGAUCUUGGACGGUGUUGGUGCCGGGAUUUUCGGUACUAUGUAUAUUUUGGUUACCAGCGACAUCAGCGGAGGAACUGGCAGAUUCGGACUCACACUUGGAUUAACAACGGCUGCCAUGAGCAUUGGUGGAACUGUUUCCGGAUAUCUGGGUCAAGCGUUUGCUGAGGACUACGGUUACCUCAGAGCCUUUUGGAUUUUGUGCGUCAUGUCCACCGUUCCAGCAUUAUUGUACCUUUUUUUCAUGCCAGAAACUCUCUCCAUGAUAGAGAAAGAAGGUCYUAUCCCCGCCAUUGCAGAAGACGAAGAACACAAUUACUCUUCAGAAAAAGACAAGAAAUACGUCGAAUUGACUUAAGAAGAACACGAAACCAAAACCUAUCGUCGUUUUCUUYAAGAUCGAUGAUACCUUUUGUGCUUGUGUAGCUUGCCAAUUAGUUCUUGGUGAGGACGGCUCGCUCAAAUUUGAUACAUACGACACUCGAUAUGAUUACAUUUUUCAAUUACAAGACAUCGACCUACACGAGUUGUAGGACGUAAACAUUGCAAUUUUUAUAAUAUACACAAAACAGUUUC